CCCCCACGAGUAGAUUGUGAUUGGUCGGUGUUCAUUGCAGGCCUGUGGUUGGGAUACGCCUGUCUAUUCACCGUCUUAAGGCAAGGACGACAGACUGGGUAGAGUUUGUUAAGCUCCAGAUAUGGCAGCAACAGUAGCAGCUCACUCUGGCGCCGGUGUUGCAGAAAAUAGGAGGGAGAAAGCCCUCCAAGAUUAUCGGAAGAAGCUCCUUGAACACAAAGAAGUGGAGAGCAGAUUGCGAGAAAUGAGGGAGCAGCUGAAGGAUCUCAACAAGCAAUAUGAGAAGUCUGAGAAUGACCUGAAGGCAUUGCAGAGUGUUGGCCAGAUUGUUGGAGAGGUGUUAAAACAGCUGACUGAAGAGAAAUUUAUUGUGAAAUCCACAAAUGGGCCACGAUACGUAGUAGGCUGUCGGAGGCAGCUGGAUAAGAAGAAGCUCCGACAAGGGACCCGUGUUGCAUUGGAUAUGACUACCCUUACCAUCAUGCGAUAUUUGCCUCGAGAAGUGGAUCCGCUUGUGUACAACAUGUCUCAUGAGGACCCUGGAAAUGUGUCCUAUUCUGCCAUAGGAGGCCUGAGUGAACAGAUCAGGGAAUUGAGAGAGGUGAUUGAGCUGCCCCUACUGAACCCAGAGCUUUUCCAGAGAGUUGGAAUCACACCACCAAAAGGAUGUCUUCUCUUUGGGCCUCCUGGAACUGGAAAAACACUCCUGGCAAGAGCAGUUGCAUCACAGCUUGAUGCCAAUUUCCUCAAGGUGGUUUCCAGUGCAAUUGUGGAUAAAUACAUUGGAGAAAGUGCCCGUCUCAUUCGAGAGAUGUUCAACUAUGCCAGGGAUCAUCAGCCAUGUAUCAUCUUUAUGGAUGAAAUUGAUGCCAUUGGCGGAAGGCGAUUCUCUGAAGGGACAUCGGCAGACAGAGAGAUUCAGAGGACACUCAUGGAGCUCCUGAAUCAAAUGGAUGGAUUUGAUGCUUUGGGACAGGUAAAAAUAAUAAUGGCAACAAAUCGACCAGACACACUGGAUCCUGCACUCCUGCGACCUGGGCGACUUGACAGGAAGAUUGAGAUUCCAUUGCCAAAUGAACAAGCUAGGCUGGAAAUACUGAAAAUUCAUGCUUCCCCCAUCACCAAGAAGGGUGAUAUUGAUUAUGAAGCGAUCGUGAAGCUGUCAGAUUCAUUUAAUGGAGCUGAUCUGAGGAACGUCUGCACAGAAGCCGGUCUCUUUGCCAUCCGAGCUGAGAGGGAUUAUGUUGUUGAAGAAGAUUUCAUGAAGGCAGUUCGGAAAGUUGCUGACAACAAAAAGCUGGAGUCCAAAUUGGACUACAAGCCUGUGUGAACAUACAGAAUUUUUUCAAUUGACCCAUUUCAUGAGUCACAUUUGGAAUUCUUUCUCUUCUGGAUUGAGGCUUUGAAUGAAGUACACUACCAACUCUGUAAUGAUUGCUUAUAGUGUUUCUGAGAUAGUGGGACAAUAUCAGCUGAAUGUGAUAGUUGGGUUUUAUACUUUUCAUGCUUGUUUUCCACAUUGAGAAUUCGAACAUUUGUAGCUCAUAUGCCCCAGGACAAAAUCUUGUGACCUGUAGUGGUCAAAGUUUGAGGCCAUACGAGGUGCGACAAAGUUUCGAGACUCAGCCCAUAAAAACUGAUAGAAAUGAGAUACAAGAAAAGUUGUUUUAAUCGCCUUCAAAGUAAUCACCUCUGGCCUCAACACACUUAUUCCAC